UGAAGCCAAAAUUGAAUGUCUUUUGACCAAACUACAGCCAUUACUUCACAACAAAACAUCAGCAGCCACAUAAAGCAUAAGCAAGUCUUCUUAGUACUCUUUCAACUUUGUCAAUACUAUAUCUUCACAUAUCACUCUGUUAAAUAACCAAAAAAAAGAAGAAGAAGAUUUUAACAUAACAUGAUGCUGAACUACUACAAAAUUUUGUUAUGUUGUAUACUAAUUUUCUUUUUCCAAGUUAUUAAUUGCCAAGUUUUCUGCCCAAACACAAGUACUUAUACUGCCAACAGCACUUAUAGCUUCAAUCUCAAAGCCCUUUUAUCAUCCCUGUCCUCGAAUUCUUCGAGGCCUAACGGAUUUUACAACACCACAUCUGGUAACACGGGGUCCGAUAUAGCUUAUGGCAUGUUUUUAUGCAGGGGAGACGUUUCCCCUGACGUUUGUCAAAGUUGUGUGUCAACAACUACAAAAGAUGUACAAGAUGUAACAUCGGAAAGUUAUUGUCGGAAUGGAAAAGUGGCUGUCCUUUGGGUUGACGAUUGCCUGAUACGUUACUCAGAUCAACCUUUGGGUAACGCGAUGAGAUUAGUUUUUUGGAAUACACAAAAUGUAAGUGAACCACAAAGGUUCUUAUCAGUCCUUGGAAAUGUGAUGAAUGAAUUAGUAGCAAGUGUGGCUGCAAAUGGAAAUAAUCAACAACAACAACAACAACAACAACAACCCAGUGAAAUCCCACAACGUGGGGUCUGGGGAGGGUAG